UCAAAACUGCCGACUGCGGAAUGAGUUAAACAGACAACAGUAACCUUCUAGAAAGAUUUUUCUAUGCGAUAGAACAUCAAAACAGGAGGAAUUUAUUUUUUAGGAGCGAAUAUCUACAUUGUUUAUAGUAUUAGACUGUGCAGUUGUUUUCAAACGUUUAAAAAUGGUCGAUUAUAGCAAGUGGAAAAACAUUGAGAUCUCCGACGAUGAAGACGAGACCCACCCAAACAUUGACACUCCGUCGCUUUUUCGCUGGCGGCACCAGGCCCGAGUCGAGCGAAUGGAAGAGCAAAAACGCGAACAGGAGAUGUUGGCUGAAAAGAAACGACUUGCCGAACAGAAAGCGAAAGAGCUCAAGAGCAAGCUGGAGCACAAAGAAGGCAAUCUAGACGAACUCAAGAAGAGCCUGGAAGAACUGGAACGGGAACAUGCUAAGGUUAAAGCAGAAGAAGAAAAUCUCAAGAAAAAGGAAAAGAUGCAACCGUGGAAUGUGGACACGAUUAGUCACGACGGCUUCCAGAAAACUGUUAUCAAUAAAAGUGUGAUCAACAAAAAAGAGUUGACGGAAGAUGAGAAGGAAUUGAAUCUUAGAGACUUUAUUAAAAAAUACGAAAAGAUAUUGAAGCAGUAUGGGAUGAUGCGGAAGUAUGAAGAUUCGAAAAAAUUCCUGCGCGAUCACCACUAUCUGGUGUGCGAGGAUACCGCCAAUUAUUUGGUUAUCUGGUGUAUUGAGUUGGAGAUGCAGGAGAAGCACGAGUUGAUGGCACACGUAGCACAUCAGUGCAUCUGUAUGCAGUAUAUGUUGGACAUUGCCAAGCAGCUCGACGUUGAUCCACGCGCCUGCAUGGAGUCCUUCUUCCAACGGAUACAAGUAGCCGAGCAGGAAUAUAAAAAUCAAUUUUUGGCAGAAAUUGAAGCAUUUAAAGAACGCAUUCGGAAACGAGCCCAAGAAAAACUGCAGAAAGCUAUCGAAGAGCAAGAGGAAGAGGAACGUAAAGCGCGCCUGGGACCGGGAGGUUUAGAUCCCGUGGAGGUGUUCGAGUCACUUCCCACCGAACUUCAGAAUUGCUUUGAAACGCGUGACAUCGGAAUGCUGCAGGAGGUGAUGUCCAAACUACCGGAGGCAGAAGCUCGUUACCAUCUAAAACGCUGUAUAGACUCCGGAAUGUGGGUUCCCGAUGGAAACAAAGGAGUUCUCGAUAUGCCACCGGAGGAAGCCAACACAAGUGCGGAUGGUGGUCCGGAACCGGUCUAUGCUAGCGUGUUGUCGGAUGAAGAGAAGCAAAAAGAUAUAAAUUCCGAGUAGAUUUUAACUACUGUGUAUUGGGAGACUUGGUCAGGAAAAUACCCAAUGUUGAACCGAAUUGUAACAAUCGUAUAGAAAAUAAGUUGUUUGAAAAUCUGUAUUUUAGAUGUACGUCAAUGAAUAAACUAUCAUGUCUUUUGAAAAUUAA